AUGCCGCCGCGUCGUAGGUCAAUUAACAACCCGGCACCACCGAAUCAAGAGUUCAUGGAUGCCAUGUAUGCCGCUUUCCGAGGCAUAGCCACUCGAGCCCAGAAUGAGCGACCGGCUGAGGAUAAGAAGCAAAGUUACUUCCAUGAGUUUAAACGUGCACCUAUUCCCACAUUCAAUAGUGAGGGAGGACCCCAGGAAGCGGAAUACUGGUUUGACUCCAUAGUUAAACACCUAAACACUAUGGGAGUGCCGAAGGAAUAUUGGAUAGAAUUCGCGGUGUACAAGAUGGAAGGCCAAGCAAGCAACUGGUGGAAGCAAGUAAGAAGAAGGCUUGAUGUUGCGGGCAUGACUUCGGAACAGUUUGAUGUUCUCUUUAAUGAACAAUACUUCCCUCAGAGCUAUAGGGAUCAGAAGGCAAUGGAGUUUAUGACCUUGCAACAGGGUGAUAUGUCGAUAAGGGAAUACGAGGCUAAGUUUAAUGACUUGUCUCGCUUUGCGCCAUCUUUGGUGGAGUAUGAGCAUUUGAAAUGCCCGAAAUUUGAGAAAGGUCUUAAGAAUUCUCAAAGCAAGGAAGCAGCUGGUCGAGUUUCUGCUUCUAAUGGACCUUCUGCCUCAAGUGGGCCACAGCGAAGUGGUAGAAGGAAUCGUAAUCAAUGGCAGGUUAGUGGAGACAUGAUCAGUGGUGGCAGUAGUUCGUCUGGGAGUGACAAGAGUGCUCCUUAUAGACCUAAGUGCCAUCACUGUGGGCAGAUUGCUCACAUUAGGAGGAACUGUCCUAAUCGGAAUCAAUUGCCGACUCAACUAACCUAA